AUGUCAGCCGUUGUUGAAACUAACCUUGUUAAUGAACAAGAUAAUUUAAGUACAAACCACUUUGUUCAGAGUGAAGUAAGUUUUGAUACUAUCAGUAAUCCUAAAGAUGAACCUAACAACCACACUUUAACCAUUGAAGAUCCUGAAGUUUUAGGAAAUCAAAACGAAUAUAAUGAAAAUGAUGAAAACAAUAAAAUUGAACAAAAAUCAUCGAGCUCAUUUCAAAAUGAUAUUUACGAUUCUCAUGAAGAAAAUGAAAGUAAUAGUAAAAGUUCUUCCGUCUAUUCUGUCGAUGAGAAUUAUUUAGAAGAUCAAAUUGAUUCAUUUUUGGAUGAUUAUCAAAGUCAUACAUCAAGUACAAGUACAGAUUCUAUUCGUACUGAUGUUUCGAAUAAAGAUCAUGAUAGUGAUACUUCUUAUGAAGUCGAGAAAGAAAUGAAUGACAAGAAAGACACAAUUGAAGAGAAAGAAGAGAAAGAAAAGGAAGUCGGAAUAGAAAAGAUAGAAAAGAAUGAUAUGAAAGACAUGAUUGAAGAGAAAGAAGAGAAAGACAAGGAUGUCGCAAUAGAAGAGAGCGAUGAACCUAUAUCUUUAUUAUCACCAGUUGUAAAUACCGAUGAAUUGAAUAAAAAUGAAUUAGAAAAUUAUUCUUUAGAUAAAUCAAUAGAUUUUAUUAACCAAACUGAAGAAAAAAGACAAAAUAACCUCGAUGAUAAACCUGUUGAAAAUACUGAGGAUGUAAUAAUUGAAGAAGAGAAUAUGGAAAAUGUAGUAAAUACAAAGAAUACGGAGUACACGGAGAAUACAGAGAAUAUAGAGAAUACAGAAAAUGUAACAGAUGUAAAGAAUAUAGAAAAUGCAGACAAAUCGGCGGAUAAUUUUUCAUCAAGAAUUAAUUCCAUGUCAUCAGAUGAAAAAAAUGAUAUAGAGUCAGUCGAUUUUUCAAAUUUCAAUAGUUCAAAGACAAGUAGUUUUUCAUCAAUUUCAAUUCAUAAUUCAAAUGAGUUAACUAAUGAAAUAAUCGAAAAAAAUAAUGCCGAUUAUCGAGUUUCAGUUGUUUCAGUUGCUUCACUUAGAGAGAACCCCGAAUUAAAUGAUAUAUCUUUAGAUGAUGAAACACAAAAUUCCGCGGAGACACCUAAAGAAUGGAGUUUUAAUGAUUGGUCAUUUCCUAAAACACCUACUACAUUUAAGACGCUUUCAUCUUUGUUUAAUUCACGUACACCAAUUUCACCAAAGGAAGAUCGUCGUUUAUCUACUAUAUCAAUUAUGUCGACUGGAUCAAAUUAUGAUUUAUUGUUGGCAAGACUUGAAAAAGAAAAUCAAAUGUUGCAAGAAGAUCCUAAAGCAAGAAGAAUGUCACUUCAAGGAAUGGCAGAUAUCAAAGCUAACUUUGAACGUGUACAAAAUGAAUCAACAAAUGAUGAUGAAAUUGAUUGGGAUUAUGAAACAGUUGCUAGAUCUCAACCUCGACAAUUAUCCAAAAUGAUUCAAAAAGGGAUUCCACCAGCAUUACGUGGUAUGAUAUGGCAAUUAAUGUCUAAAUCCAAAGAUAGCGAAUUAGAAUCAAAAUAUGCCAAAUUAUUAAAGGAAACCAGUCCACAUGAAAAAAUGAUUAUGAGAGAUUUGAAUCGUACAUUUCCUAAACAUGAAUAUUUUCAAGAUCAAGAUGGAAUUGGACAAGAAGGAUUAUUUAAUGUGGUGAAAGCGUAUUCUCUUUAUGAUAAAGAAGUUGGAUAUUGUCAAGGAAUAUCAUUUGUCGUUGGACCAUUACUUUUGAAUAUGCCAGAUGAGGAAGCAUUUUGUGUACUCCUUAGACUUAUGAAAUAUUAUAAUAUGCGAGGACACUUUUUACCAGGAAUGGAUGGUCUUCAAUUGAAAUUAUUUCAAUUUGAUCGCCUGGUUGAAGAAAUGCUUCCUAAAUUGCAUGAACAUCUUAAAUCACAAGGAAUAAAUUCAUCGAUGUAUGCAUCACAAUGGUUCAUGACAUUAUUUGCGUAUAAAUUUCCUCUUCCCUUGGUAUUUAGGAUUUAUGAUACCAUUUUUACCGAAGGAAUUGAAUCAAUAUUUCGAUUCAGUAUUGCAUUAUUGAAAAAGAAUGAAAAGGCAUUGUUGGAAAUGGAAUUUGAAAAAUUAUUGGAAUAUUUAAAGAGUGGAUUAUUUGAGAGUUAUCAGAUUAUUCCAACCGAAGGUAGUUUACAACAAUUAAGUCGUGAACAUGUUGAAUUGGCCAAUGAACUUGUCAUGAAAAAAGUAGAAGUUGAUAGAUUAAAUGAUGAAAAUGUAGAAUUACGUUCAACAGUUUCAAGUUUACGUAAAAGUUUAGAUGAAAAGCCAGCAGAAGUUGAACGAAUAUUAAGAGGAGAAAUGAAUUCAUUAGCACAAAAGAAUAUAACAUUGGUUGAAUAUUAG